AUGGGAGGGCCGGCCUGUGGCUGGCUUGCGGCUGUCGCAGUUUGGCUUCUCGAUUUAUCUGUGACCAUCUCUUGUGAAGGACAAUUACUCUACUCGAACAUUUCAACACAUUCUGACGCGCAAAUCCAGCUCAUUUUUGACUCUGAUAUCGACGCAAAUCCACUGGAAAUGCAAUUGGUCACGAAUACCUAUUACCUAAGAAACAGUGCUGAAUUCCUACAUCAGGAAUCUGAAGAUUUACAAAUGACAACCAUGAGUGGAAGGCUUCGCUGGGACAAUUGCCUCUCUGAAGCAUGUGGGAGCGAUUUCCUGAGACUUAUGAAAAAUCCCAAAAUCGUCGGCACUGCUAUAGGUUGUGCAGCACGUAUCUUCAAAGCGAUCACAUGUGGCGAUCCGAGCUUUGACCGAGAGAUUCUAGGCGAAUGGCGGUCCUAUUUCGACUCCGCAAGUGGUUUGGGAUUCGUCGGGAAUACCCUUGCAUGGUUCCCAGAGUUGGAAGUUACGAAAGAGAACAUGGAAUCUGGUGUACGGUUGAGUCUUAUCGAUGCGCAGACACGCCAUGAGCAGCAAAUCGCCAUCAUAGAGGAGAUAUGCAAAUGUGCCGAAUGCUUCGAUGGAGGCCCCGCAGAAGAUGAGGCAUUCUGUCUUUCAGCAAUUUUUGAAUCCAUUGUGGUCAUGUCUGCGGCGAUGGCUGGUAUAUCGAUCGUGGAUGGGAUUCUGCCUUCACGAGCCGGCUUAGAACGAUUUUACGUCAGGCAACGACGAAUGAGGACGGACGCAGACGAGGACUUUCUAGAAAAGGUGAAACGCAUCGGUUACAUACAUCGAGUUUUGGAAACAACAACCCGCAAUAUUGAUUCGGAUAUUUCAAUUGCAGAAACUAGGCUUUUGGAUGCGACGAAACUCUUCACAGGUCAAGAAACCUUUGGUCUAAGCCAUAUACUCGAUGUCACUGCAGUCUCCACAGGCGGACUUUGCUUUUACCUCGAUAUGCUUCGGGAGUUAUCACUUGACCGAAACUUGGCUGGAAGAGUGCAUGUCGUGCCUGGUAAAAUUGAACGGGAUGGAAAGCCAUUUGACUUCGUUUCAGAUCGAGAGCAUCAUCCUAAUGGACAUUACACCGGCUUGACAGAUGAAGUACCAGAUUUCACUGAGAUCUCAAUGCUUGCCCAAGAGCAUGUUCGCUCUCUGAGGCGGAUGAAGCGUGCUUAG